UCAAUCUUGAUUCUAUGAAGACGAAGCGAAAGUAAGGAAGAAACGUAGUGGGGACCAAGAAGGUAUAGACUAUGGCGAGUCGUUAAGAAGCUGCAGUGUUUCGCGAAAGAGACACAAUUCGAAAGAGGACUAAAAUAUACCGUCUAUUUCUCAGUGACCAGUGUUUGGAAUAAUCGUCGAUUCGAUAAAUCGCGCGAAUCAUUUUUAUCAAAUUAUAAAAAAAGAAGAAGAGAAAUAUGAUUAACGUAUAUUAUUUUGUAACGAUAUUGGCUGUGGUUGUUGUAACACACGGUGCGUUCAAUUGCCCGAGUAAAGACGGUCAAUACGAAGAUCCGAAACAGUGCGACAAAUAUUACGAAUGCAUCGAUGGCAUCGCCACGGAGAAACUUUGUCCAGAUGGACUCGUUUUCGAUCCCUUGAAUCGAAAAGUAAACAAAUGCGAUCACGUAUUCAACGUUGAUUGCGGAGAUCGUCUCGAAUUGCAACCUCCUCAACCGACCAAGAAAUGUCCUCGAAGGAAUGGUUUUUUCGCUCAUCCGGAUGCAUCCGUUUGUAAUAUUUUUUACAAUUGCAUCGAUGGCGAAGCUAUCGAAAUUACAUGCACCACCGGAUUACACUUCGACGAGUAUAGCGGAACAUGCGUUUGGCCCGACAGCGCUGGUCGAGAAGGAUGCGGAGUAGUAGACAAAAAAUUGAAAGACGGCUUCGAAUGUCCAAGAGAAAGUCAAGUGGACACGAGAGGAAUGGUCGUUGAUCAUCCGAAAUUCGCUCAUCCAGAUGACUGUCAAAAGUUUUACGUCUGUUUGAACGGAGUAACACCACGAGAACAAGGUUGCAGCGAUGGGACCGUUUACAACGAGGAACAACAAAGAUGCGAUGCACCGGAAAAUGUUCCCGGCUGCGAGGAUUGGUACAAAGACGACGAUAAGAAACCAUAAAAUAUAUUUCAUAUUUAUAUGUCCCGCAUCGGGAUCUCCGCAUCGUUUUAAAAUCACGCCAUCUUCGUUCAGCGUAUAAUCACGAAUGUUACGACAAUCGACAUUGUUCAUAAAUAAAAAAUUUUAUUUUAUCUUA